AACUCCACCAUGGAUUUUCCCUUCCUCCACUGAUCGUCCCCCUCAGCACAUCAAGGUGGUAGCAGUGCGUGCUUGUGGACAAUGGCAGAAGGCGAACCUAAGGCGAAAAAGAUCAAAUUAGAAGAAAAGAAACUCUGCCAAAAUGCCCUUUUUGGGAUGGGAAACCCCCUGCUGGACAUCUCCGCUGUGGUGGACAAGGACUUCCUCGACAAGUAUGGACUAAAGCCAAAUGACCAGAUCUUAGCUGAGGACAAGCACAAAGCACUGUUCGAGGAAAUAGUCAAGAAGUUCAAAGUAGAAUACCACGCCGGAGGCUCCACCCAAAACUCAAUGAAAAUCGCCCAGUGGAUGAUCCAGGAGCCGCACAAGGUGGCCACCUUCUUCGGCUGCAUCGGCACGGACAAGUUCGGCGAGAUCCUGAAGAAGAAGGCGGAGGAGGCGCACGUGGACGCUCACUACUACGAGCAGACCGAGGAGCCCACAGGGACCUGCGCCGCCUGCAUUACCGGCGACAACAGGUCCCUCAUCGCUAACCUGGCAGCGGCGAAUUGCUACAAGAAGGAGAAGCACCUGGACCUGGAGGAGAACUGGAAGCUGGUGGAAAAAGCUAAAGUUUAUUACAUCGCGGGUUUCUUCCUGACGGUUUCGGUGGAGUCGAUACUGAAGGUGGCGAAGCACGCCUCAGAAAACAACAAGAUCUUCAGCUUGAAUCUGUCGGCCCCUUUCAUCAGUCAGUUCUUCAAGGAGCAGAUGAUGAAGGUCAUGCCGUACGUCGACAUACUGUUCGGGAACGAGACGGAGGCUGCCACUUUCGCGAGAGAGCAAGGCUUUGAGACGGAGGACAUCGAAGAGAUUGCGAAGAAGGCCCAAAGCUUGCCCAAGGUGAACAAGAAGAGGCAGCGAAUCGUCGUCUUCACCCAGGGCAAGGAUGGCACCGUGUUGACCAAAGGUGACAAAGUGACAAUGUUCCCAGUCUUGGAAAUAGACCCGAGUGACAUAGUGGACACCAAUGGAGCUGGAGACGCCUUCGUGGGAGGUUUCCUGUCAGAGCUGGUCCAGGAGCGGCCUCUCGAGCAGUGCAUCCGGGCCGGGCACUACGCCGCCAACGUCAUCAUCAGGCGCGCCGGGUGCACGUUCCCCGAGAAGCCUGACUUCCACUGACGUCCGCGAUUCUCCUCUGGAAAAAAACGAUGUCCGUUUUUUGUGCGGGACUUUGGCUUGUACAACUUUUUUUAAUUGACCUCUCCCAUCUAUACCCCUCCCCUUCCCGCCUCACCCUUCCCUUCUCUCUCCUU